AUGGGAGAUGUUAUUGAAAAUGUUUUUCGACCAACAUCAAAACGACAAGAAACAUUAUUACAAGAAAUUAUUAAUAAACUUGAUCGAGAAAAUUGCAGCCUUGAAGCAAAAAAACUAAAUGAUUAUGAUGGAACAGAUGACCUUGAAGAUGUCUAUAUUGAACCACCUAUUGAUUAUUUCGAUUAUCCUGUUGUGAAAGAAGCCUCUGAUGCAAGUCGCCUCCGAGUGACAUAA